AUGAGUCAGGAAGUAAGUGGAAAAGCAGGAGUUAAUGCAAAUCACUCGGAUGAAGGUGUUUAUGAGAAUGAGCCGAAAUUGGAGAGUCGCUGGAACAAGAACAACCAGGUGCCAGCGAACCCAGACAAUACAAGGAGCAGUUCUUACAGAGUGACUUCUCUAUUUGUGCUGAUGCUGUGUAUUCUCCUGCUGACUACCAUCACAGUGCUGUUGAUUAAAUUCAACAACCUCCUUAUAGACAUAGGCCAGUUACAGACCAGUUACAACAACCUGACUGUAGCAAGAGACCAGUUACAGACAAGUUACAACAACCUGACUGUAGAGAGAAACCAGUUACAGACCAAUUACAACAACCUGAUUAUAGAGAGAGACCAGUUACAGACCAGUUACAACAACCUGACUGUAGAGAGAAACCAGGUAGAGACCAGUUACAACAACCUGAUUAUAGAGAGAGACCAGUUACAGACCAAUUACAACAACCUGAUUAUAGAGAGAGACCGGUUAAAGACCAGUUACAAAAACAUGACUGUAGAGAGAGACCAGUUACAGACCAAUUACAACAACCUGACUACAGAGAGAGACCAGUUACAGACCAGUUAUAACAACCAGAUUACACAGAGAGACCAGUUACAGAAGGAUAGAGAAGAACUACAGAGGCUUUCUAAACUGGGAUGGAUGCAUUUCAACUCCAGUAUUUACUACAUCUCUAAUGAGGAGAAGAACCAGACUGAGAGCAGAAUGGACUGCAGACAGAGAGAUGCAGACCUGGUGAUCAUAAACAAUAAAGAGGAACAGGAGUUUGUCAGUAAAUUGCUGUGCAGCAGAAAAGCCUGGAUUGGUCUAAAUGACAGAGACACUGAGGGAGUGUGGAAGUGGGUAGAUGAUACACCACUGACCACUGGGUAUUGGGGACACGGUGAACCGAACAGUAAAGCAGGGGAUGAGGACUGUGUCAUCACAUGUGAAAUGUCUGAUAUUGUCUGGAACUGGGCUGAUUAUCCCUGUGAUUAUGAGUUUUUUUGGAUAUGCGAGAGGGAUCUAUGCCUGAAAGAUCCUCAUUAUUGUUAA